AUGUGUGAACUCGAGGACGCUCGUCGUGUCGGGUCCCCCAAGAGCGUAGGGCGACGACGCAAGUACUUGUGCACGUUUCUUACGAUCAUUCCCACUCUUGCGGUGCUGCUGACCGGCCUCGUCAUCCUCGACAUCAUACUGGAGACCAACCUCGUCUCGAGUUCGCCGGCGUCAGUGCUUCUCAACUACCAUGGGGCCUGCGUGCCCAAUACCAUCAACGCCAGUAAUGUGGAGUACCAUUCGGACCACCGAUACUAUUCCGAGCUGAAGAGCAUGCACCACAUUCCAGCGCCAGUCUUCAAGGACGACCACACCAGCCUCUGCAGCGAGUGGGGCCGCAGCUUGAAGAAGUACAGCUACUGCCUGCCGAUCUCUGGCCGGAAGGACACCCCGUUCUGCGAGACUCCGGACCGCCUGGACCUGCUCAACCUUCGCUCCUCCAAGUCCAUUUGCUACGCCAGCGUGCUGCACAUGCUGAUGGUUGAGGUCUACGAGGAGCUUCAAGCCACAGGGAACAACCCGUUCCUCACCUUUGGCUCGCUGCUAGGCGCUGUGCGCAAUAAGUCGAUGAUCCCGUUCACGGAAGACGCCGAUAUUGGAUACGUCGGCGAGUUGCAGGCUAAGGACGCAUUGAAGGACGCGCUCUUGAAGAAGGGCUAUCACAUGUUCCACAUGACUAUUUGGCGAGUGUGCGUCGCGCCGACGCAUCCGCUGGCGGGGUACCUGUACGACCCUACGUUGCCGAUCACGAAAGAGUACACUGUGCCGUAUUUGGACCUGUAUACGAUGGAGCGAAAGAAGAAUGGCCAUUGGAAUCUACAAUUUUUGAAAGGAAAUCAAGAUGGCGCCCUGCAUGACCGCAAAGUGAUGCCUUUUUCACAAGUAAGCAUCAACGGGAUGCAGUUCGACACGGUGCAGGAUCCCAAGCACUUUUUAAAGAAGGCGUAUGGCUCGGACUACAUGACUCCGAAGCCGCGGAGCGGUAGCUGA